AUGGCUUUGAACCCUUGCAUUGUGGUUCAUCAUGGUGGUCAAUGGUUGGUUAGGGGGGAUAUGUAUUAUAGUGGGGGUAGGGUUAAUGUCUUUGAGGACAUACCUGAGUGUGUGGAUUCAGAUUAUGUGAAGAAUAUAAUUGAGUUUUUAGAACAUGAUGACAUUGUGAAGAUGCAUUACUUAGAUCCUAGGAAAACAAUGGUUGAUGGUAUUAGGUUCUUGGCUUUUGAUAGUAAGACAUUUGAUCCUUUCUUGUCUCUUUUAUUGGAGUUUAAGGUAAUUCAUAUCUACACAGAGCAUGAGUUAGGGGCUACAUUGCAUACAACUGGUAUGGGUUUGGGUCAUGGAUCUUUUACUGACUUGCUUACUGGUGGUGGGGUAGGGUGUUCAGCACCUAGGGAUAAUGAAGAUGUUGGGGUUGAUGUUGAUUAUGAUAGUGAAGGGACAGAUGAGGAUGAUGAUGAACUCCUCAAUUCUAGGAGUAAGGUAAGCCAACAUAAGUUAGAGGAAAAGAGUUAUGAAGAGGAGAUGGAUAUGUUAAAGAGGGUAGCAGAAUCUAAGGAUGGGGAAGCUGAUUUCAUUGCCAAUGAUUGGGAGGGUGAAAGUGAUGUUGACAGCCCUAGUGAAAAUGAGGAUGAUGAUGACUUUGGAUACCUUAUGCCUCAAGGUGAAAAAAGGCAGAGAGCUAUUGAGAGUGACAAUACAAAGUCUAAUUUUUUUAUAGGACAGAAAUUUGAAAAUGCUGUGAACUUCAGGAAAGCUUUAGCAAAAUACACAAUUGAGUGUGGAAGGAAUUUACAUUUUUAUAGGAAUGAUCCAAAUAGGGUUGGGGCUAAAUGUAGAAAUUUUGCAAAGGGUUGUCCUUGGAAGAUAUGGGCAUCCUUUGAGCAGGUUAAAAGGAAUUUUCAGGUUAAACUUCACAAUGGGGAGCAUACUUAUGGGAGGUCUAUGCAGAUAAAGAGAAUGAAUUCAAAGUGGAUUGCAGAAUAUUUUGCAAAUAGGUUUAGAGUUAACCCUUACAUGAAGGUCCAUGACAUCAUUCAGACACUUUGGUUAGAGAAAGGACUGAAAGUGAGCACACUAAUGGCAUAUAGGGCAAGGAAAAAGGGGCAGGCUAAUAUUGUGGGAGAGUAUGAAGAGCAGUACUCUCUCCUGCCUAGGUAUGUUGCAGAAAUAAGGAGGUGUAACAGUGGGAACAUUGUGAAAUUGCAGUUGAAUGAUCAUGUGUUUGAGAGAUUGUACAUCUGUUUUGAGGCUCUAAGGAAGGGUUUCCUUGCAGGUUGUAGGCCAUUUAUUUCUCUUGAUGGCUGCUUCCUAAAAGGGUCUUUUGGUGGUCAAUUACUUGUUGCAGUGGGAAGGGAUGGGAACAAUCAAAUGUUCCCUAUUGCAUGGGCAGUUGUAGAGGUUGAAAAAACAGAUACUUGGACCUGGUUUCUUUCCCUACUUGCAGAUGACUUGGGGACACAACAAGGGGCUGGAUACACUUUCAUGUUAGACCAGCAAAAAGGCUUAUUAGCAGCUGUUGCAGCUGUAUUCCCAGAGGCUGAGACAAGAGUGUGUGCCAGACAUGUAUACUGCAAUUUUAGGACUGUAUUUGGAGGAGGGCUUGAAUAUAGGAAGCAAUAUUGGAUAAUUGCAAAGAGCAACACAGAAAAUGAUUUUAAAGCAAACAUUGAUCAGAUGAGAGCAAUAUCAGAAGAUGCUGCAGAGGAUUUGCUGAACAGAAAUUACAAGAAGUGGUGUAGGGCAUUCUACACCCCUAUGUCUUGUUGUCAUAGUGUGGACAACAACAUGAGUGAAGUAUUCAAUGCCUACAUUCUCACCUCAAGGCAUAAGCCCAUUAUCACUAUGUUAGAAGAUAUUAGAGAGGGAUUAAUGGAGAGGCUUCACAAAAAAAGAGAUGAAAAAGGCAACAAAGACAUAUUAUUAUGCCCUAGGAUCCAAAAGACUCUUGAGAGAAAUAAGAUAUGGGCAAGGGGGUGGAAUGCUUUUUGGGAUGGGGGUUUCUGUUAUGGGGUAAGGCAGGGUGCUACCCAAGACAAAUUUGUGGUCAACUUACAACACAGAACCUUGGAUGAGCCUGAGCAUUAUGUGAAUGAGUACUUCACAAAACAGACUUAUCUCAAGGCCUAUGAAUACCUUCUAGAGCCUUUGAAUGGGCCCCAAGAGUGGCCUGAAGCUGAUGGUGUUGUCAUUGCACCAAAAUUAAAGAAAAUUCAAGGAAGACCCAAGAAAAACAGGAGGUAUCAGGUGGGAGAAGUAACAAUAACUGGCAGGUUGAGAAAGACUGGAACAGCCAUGAAAUGCAGCUUGUGUGGUGUCACAGGCCAUAACAAAAGAGGUUGCAAAAACUCUGGUCAAGAAAGGCAACAGAACACACAUAACCAACCCAGUGCAUCAGAACAGGAAGCAUCUACAACUCCUACUGUUCCAAUGCACAUGAGAGGGGUUGGGGUCUACACUUACCCCAAUGGAUAUCAAAGAGUUGCUACUCCUGCAAAUUUUCAAGCACAUCCUCCACCUUUUGCACAAGCUGCUCCACCAAGGCAACAAGUGUAG